UUGUGUUUUUUCAUUGCUGCAGGCCCCGACACAGUUGGCUGGAAAAGCUUACUUGGUUAUCUCUCCCUCUAAAAAACAGUUGUCCAAGACUUCCCGAGUCUCCCAGGAGUCCAGGACUGGCCUAGCAGUUUUUACAGCGGAGGUCCAUCUGUGGUUAUCGUUUAUAUGGAUAAAACACCUGUUCUUGGUCUUCCUCACGACAAUGGCAGAGUUCCAAAUGAUUCAACCUCUGCUCCUAGCAAGGGGAAAAGAGGAAGGAAAGGGUCCCAAAGUACAGAAAGUAAAAGUUAUCCCUUGAGAUCUGCACAUAGUAGUGCCAGGGUGCUUCGGUCUACCUCAAAAACUGAGAGUAAGACACCUAAUGAGCCAGUCAGUCCCUUGAGAUCUGCACAUAGUAGUGCCAGGGUGCUUCGUUCUACCCCAGAAAAAAAGAGGAAAACACCUAAGAAGCCAGUAAAGCCGCUGAAAUCUGCACGUAGUGGUGCCAGGGCGCUUCGCUCUACUUCAAAGAAGAACAGUAAGGCACCCAAUGAGCCAGUAAAUGAUAAUACUGCUGUUCAGCCAACUGCCAAGAAAAGGAAAAGAGGCAGGCCCUCGAGUGCAGAAAGUCCCAAGAAUGAGAAUCAGUGCAUCAAAAUUCGUCAGCGAGUUAGAUACGUUUUGAAUCGGAUGAACUAUGAACAAAGUUUGAUUCAAGCUUAUGCUAGUGAAGGAUGGAAAGGUCAAAGUUCGGAAAAAAUAAGACCUGAGAAGGAGCUUGAACGAGCCAAGGCGGAAAUCUUGCGAUGCAAGUUACGAAUUCGGGAAGCUUUUCGUAAUAUGGAUUCUCUACUGUCUGAGGGGAAGAUCGAUGAAUCUUUAUUUGAUUCCGAGGGAGAAAUAUCUAGUGAAGAUAUUUUCUGUGCUAUAUGUGGUUCGAAGCAUGUUACAUUGAAAAAUGAUAUCAUUCUUUGCGAUGGAGCCUGUGAUAGAGGGUUCCACCAGAAGUGUUUAAACCCUCCUUUACUAGCAGAAGACUUUCCUCCGGAGGAUGAAGGAUGGCUUUGCCCUGCAUGUAAUUGCAAGUUAGAUUGUAUAGAUGUACUAAAUGAACUCCAAGGGAGCACACUUGAUAUUCAUGACUCAUGGGAGAAAGUUUUCCCUGAGUCAGCUUCGCUUGCGAAUGGUGCAAAGCAAAUUGGUUCAGCUGAUCUUCCAUCGGAUGAUUCAGAGGACAAUGAUUAUGACCCUACUUUAGCUGAAGGCAACAUGGUAGAUGAAAACAAGUCUUCUGCAGAGGAUGGGGAUGAAGGAUCAGAUUCUGAUGACUUGGAUUUUAUGACAUCGUCUGAUGAUUCUGAACCUUCGACGAAGAAAAGCUCUAAAUCAAAGAAGAAAACUACAGUGGAUGAUCUUGGGUUGCCUUCUGAGGACUCGGAGGAUGAUGACUUUGAUCCAGAAGGUCCAGAUUCCAGCGAGGACCAAAAGACUAAAACAAACUCAGAGGAGUCGGACUUCACAUCUGAUUCAGAUGAUUUCUGUGCUGAAAUUUCUAAAUCUUGUGGCAAGGAUGAAGUUCCGGCACCCCCAUUUUCAGAUCAGACUGAUGGAGUGGAAAUUAUGGAGGCAGAGCUAGAGCAAGACUUGGUGCUGCCGGCUUCAAGUAGGCGACAAGUUGGACGUUUGGAUUACAAAACGCUUUAUGAUGAGGCUUAUGGAAAAGAAACCUCUGAUCCAAGUGAUGAAGAAGAGUGGUCUGGAAAAGAGAAUUUAGAAGACAGUGAUUCAGAUUCACUUGAUGGGUCACAUCGGCCUGCCAAAACAUGCUCUUCUAAAAGAGCACGAGGCAGACAGCGGAAUGUUGAACAUACUCCAAGGAGUGAAGAGCGCACUGAAGUGCUUCACUCUAAUGGUAGCAGUAGCAUGGGCCGUAAAGGACAUGGUCCUAUUGUUCGUCAGAAGCUUAAGGCGCAUAUCGAGAAAGAUCCUUAUCCUAGUCGCUCAACAAAAGAAAGUCUCGCACAAGAGCUAGGCCUGACACUCCAUCAGGUGACUAAAUGGUUUGCCAGCACUCGUCAUUACUCUAGAGUUGUUGCUUCCAAAAAGGAGAAGCAUCCAGAAAACCAUACUGCUGAGAAUAACGAUAGAAUGGCUGAAGAUCGACAGGUAGAACCCAAUGGCAGGGUAUUGAAAGAUCCAACUGUAGAUGGAAAUGGUAAUGUUUCUGAGGACAGGAUGGUACAAGAUAAUCUUCGUGAAGGUAAGAAAGAAGAUGCUUCAUUCAGACAAGAUAUCAGCUUUGAGCAGAUGGGUGUGACUCCCACUGUUAGCCAAAACCGCACUACCAACUCAAGAGAAGUUGGCUCGCCAAAUCGUGUGCCUAGAGGAGACCAGUAUAAUGGUAACUCGAGAAAUGCAGAAAAUACACCGUCCAGACAAGAUGUUGGCUUGAAUCAGACGGUGCCUCUCACACCUUCUGUGAACCAGAAAUUCACUCCUGACACAAGCAGUGUCGGCUCACCUGGUGUGUCUGUAGGAAAGAAGCGACGUGGCAGGCCAAGGAAAGUGGGAAGCCCAAGAGGUAGGUCUGCUGAGAAAAGCAUUCCUGGGCUAGAACAUGUAGACGAGGCAAGGAGGAAGGCAAUACUGAGGGAGCUGAGGAAGAUGAAGACGGGCAGGUGAAGCUCCCAGAAUUAUUUCAACUAUUUCCUGAUCCUUUGGUGGAAUUCAAGUUUUGUAUUCUGCUCAACAAGUUUGAACUCUAGAAUGCUUCUGAUCGGACGGGAUAGGCACCCGGUCAAGACAACCGACAGGCAUGUUGUUUUGAAGAAGCAGGGUCAUAUUUUCACGUUCGUCGGUUUCUUAUAGAGCCUUGCUAAGCUUCGGUGCUGAAUUUCUGAUGGGGCACACCUCGAACGGGAAGUACUUAAAGGCUUAAAGCCACAACCAUGGCUUUUGAGU